CCCAUUAUCACAGAUAGAGAGAUAGAGGGGAGGAGGAAAUUGACGGAGAAGAGGUUGAAGAAGGAGGGAGAGAAAUGACGAAAAACAGUUGCUUUGGUCAGAUAAUAGAAGAAGGAGACAACCCAGGAUUCUUCAAGGUUCUUAGAAAGGAAGACCUAUCGACUGAGAUCAUGAGAGCGAUUCCUCACGACUUCAUAAGAAGCAUCUCAAACAAGGAGUUCUCAUUUAAGAUGGUAUUAAAAUUGCCAUGGGGAAGCUCAUGGCCAAUCAAAAUCUCCAGAAACGAAAGGUUCUACUACAUGGAGAAAAGCGGAUGGGACAAGUUUUUGAGCGACAACGAUUUAGGUCAUGACGAGCUUCUUACAUUCACGCACAAAGGACACAUGUGCUUUAGCGUAAACAUCUACCAAAUAGAUUGCAAGGAGAUUCUUAGACCGAAAAAAACUGCAACCAUUGCCUCUUCCAGUAAGUGUCGGAACAAGAGAGAACAAGGGAAAAACAUUUACAAUGAUGUGAAGGAGGAAGAGAUAGAGUCGUUGUCUGAAUCAUUAAGCUUUCCUGGCUCAGAAACAGAUGAAUCUACAGGAAGAAAAUUGAAACAGAGACGGAAGAUUAACUUGGGAAAGAAGAAAGUCGAAGAAGCAGAGAAAACAAAGAAGAAGAAGAAGAAUGUGGAUACUGAUUGUGACCAUUCUGAAGCGGGGACCUCGUCUCUUGUUCCAAAAUUUACGCUCACCAUAAAGAAAUCAUACCUCAAGUUCUUGGCGGUCCGGAAGAAGUUUGCGGAUAUGCAUAUGCCAAAGGAGACAACGAUGUUCAAGAUUCAUCAUUCAAAAGAGAAGAGGUCGUGGAAGGUUAAGUAUGUGGUCUCUGAUAUAUGUGAGUCAAGAUUCUCUCCUGGAUGGGUUCGUUUGGCCAGAGAGUUUGUUUUACAGGUCGGAGAUGUUUGCACCUUCGAGCUCAUCAAACCGGCCGAGAUGGUUCUCAGUGUCACCAAAAAACGACAAUGUGAUGUAUGUGAGAUGAUCUGAGUUUGAUCACUCUCUUUGAGACU